GCCGCGGGCAGCAUGGCCGCCAGGGAGGCGGGCAGCGCGGUGCUGGGCACGGCGGCCGACAGGCUCUUCUCGCUCAGCGGGCUCUUCGCCGUCUACAAGCCCAAGGGACCCACCUCGGCCGGCGUGCUCAACCUGCUCAAGGAGAGGCUGCUGGCAGAAGCUGGUGUGCAAACAAAUGAGAAGAAAAGAAAUCAGGUUUUGAAAAUUGGACAUGGAGGAACUUUGGACAGUGCAGCAGCAGGAGUUCUGGUGGUCGGUAUUGGAAAAGGAACAAAAAUGCUGAGAACUAUGCUGGCAGGUUCCAAGAAGUACACUGCCAUUGGAAUGCUGGGCAAAGCUACUGAUACAUUAGAUGCUACAGGAAAAGUAACUGAAGAAAAACCUUAUGACCAGGUAACAAAAGGAGAUCUUGAAAAUGUGCUGCAAAAGUUCACGGGGCACAUCAUGCAAGUCCCCCCACUCUAUUCUGCUCUGAAGAAGGAUGGAGAAAGGCUUUCUACUCUGAUGAAGAGGGGAAAAGCAGUUGAAGCAAAGCCUGCUCGGCCAGUGAGAGUGUACAGCCUUUCUCUCCAGCAGUUCCAGCCACCACUGUUCACGCUGGAUGUUGAAUGUGGUGGGGGCUUUUAUGUCAGGAGCCUGGUCAGUGACAUUGGCAAAGAACUCUCGACCUGUGCCACUAUGCAAGAGCUGACCCGCACCAAGCAGGGGCCGUUCACGCUGGAGGAACACGCCCUUCACGAGGACAAAUGGACGAUUGAUGAAAUUGCUCGAUCCUUAGAGCGCUGCACAGCUCUGCUCCCCAGGGAGCCACCUCAUAAGAAAUUGAAGACGGAGCAUCCCGGUGAAACUGCUGCGAUCUGUGAAGAUAGUGACAAGUUGGGCCAAGGAAAAAGACUGAAUGAUUGAGAUAUUUUAAGAUUGGGUUGGUAUUGUCUCACCUCCCGUGUAAAUCUGCAAGUCUCUGCUGGGAGGGUGACAAACUGCGACGCAAGAAAAAUGGUUCUUUUGUCUUCUGGGGCUGGGACGUGCACUGAAAAUGUUCAGUGCUUGCUGUGUCCUGAUGGUUUAUUUUCCUUCUUGCACAGUGUAAGUGGGUCUGCUACUGAUGCCAAAUCUUCAUAAACUUUUAAAGAACUUUCAGGCUGCAAGAUAGUUGUUGCUAAUUCCUCAAUAAAAUAAUUAUAACCAUUGUCUGAUAAGUGUGCUCAAAAAAACCCAUAAUCUUUUUUUUUUGUUUAUUGCUGGUAACCAAAUCCUGAAAUACCAUGGUGACAAGACUGUCAUAGCUUGAAGUGUACAAUGAUGUGUUGUGGCAGUUUGCUUUUUUGAAGUCCGUUUCAGGGUAUAUCCAUUUUGCCUUAGUUUUUCCAAUGCAGAUUGUUCUUUCAGUCGAAUGUUUCCAGAAUACAGUAAGUACAGGUGCUAAUAUUUUAAGUCCAAUCUGAAAUAUCAGCAUAAAUGAAUAGUUUUAAGUAUAAACAAUCCCUGAAGAUAACUGUUUGCUAACAAGUGCUCUGAAGAGGACAAUCAUGAUUACAGGUGUACAUAUUUUAUUCUGGUCCAAUGUCUCAGUUGGUGGCCAUCCAUAAUUUAAAGUACAGUUAACUAUUGUGCCCAUCACAGGGCUUAUAACAUUUAUUUUUGCCACCUGUGUAUUGCUUGAUGGGUUCUACCAUGGUUGAGUAGAAGGCUGAUGUGCUUCUGGGCUCUGACUGAUUUGAUCCUGACUGGUUGUAUGGGCAACAGAGGGACCCCCCCAUCAAAGAUCCUUGUUGAAACCAUUUUAUUUCACUCAGGGCAGUGAGAGCCUGUUCCAUAGUUCAUGUAGUCAACAGAACUUAAUUGCAUGGGUUUUCUCACCACUGCUUCCCUUGGGAUUUUCAAAACUACUAAAAGACAGUGGUUUGAGAAUGGUAAAAUGCACCAUAGUUUGUUUCCAUGUGUCUAAUCCUGUUAUUCCUAUAGGAGUUAGUAGUAGGUCUGUUUCCCUCUUGUCAUGGUGAGGAACAUGAGGAGUUGUUGAAACCUCUGCUUUUGAAGCUGUCACUGCAGUGUCACCGAGGAGGAAUGGACUGACAGCAGACACGGUUUUGUGCUGCUGGUCACCAGGUCUCUGUGGAUUUGUGCAACUCCUGCUCCUUUGGGCUUUUGUUCUGGAGUGCAGAGGGUUGACUGAGGGACUGAAUGCUGUAGAGUCAAGAGUUUGUGCUGAUAUCAGAGUGUAUCUUUUAGUGAGAGACAUGAAAAUUUGAUUCGAUGACUCUGUGUUAGUAGACUUGCUACUUCCCAUGGUAAGUUAUCUUGGUAUCUAAUUACCUCUCCUGCUUAAAAGAACCUGUGUUUUAUUCCCAACUUGGCUUGAAUCUCCACAUGCUGUAUUUUAUGUCUGUGUCUGCACCUUACAAAAAGGUAUUAUAUGAAAGGGUCAAGUUCCAAUCUUACUUUCAGUCUAAGAAAUGAAAUAAAUAUCCUGAAGUUUCUCUUUGCAGGAUACCUUUCCAGACAUCAGUAGUAUUUAUUUUGUUUUCUAUGCAAUAAGGAACUGAAGUCUAUGCAAGAUUAAUGAAGACUUUGUUUAGAGGGAGGAUAGAGUUUGUUUUAUCAUUCAGUAAACAGACAGUUUUCAUUUGUGUAUUCUUAUAAAGAAAUGUUGAAAAUAUCAUGAGCAAAUUGAAAUGUUAGAGCACUGUAGCAGCAUAUAUAAUGUACAAUGUGGAUGAAGUAACUGAUACAAGAAAUUCUGAUUUCAGAGAUGGGAGAAAAGCUUGUGUUCAGUAAGGGAACAGUGGGAGACUUCAGUUGUGUCUUUUUGGGGUGGGUUUUCUGGUACUUUGGGUAUAAACAGAGAAGAAAUAGAUUAUUUCCUAAAGAAAUCAAAUAAAGCAGAAAAUGUUAUUUUCCAGUAUACUUAUCUUGAAUGAUCAAAGACUUUAAUUGAAACACAGCUUCUCUUAUUGUCCAAAUCUGUAUUUUCCCAAGAACCUAAUUUAUGUUAUCCCCGUGGUUUUCUAGAUUAAGUUCUAAUUUUAUUUAUCUUUCUGAUUUUUAAAAAAUAGCACAGUAGAUAUAAUUCUAUUAGUCUACUUCUUAUGUCUUUGGGGAUUUGUUUCUUUAAAAAUCAGUGCAAUUGAGAAAUCUCUGUAUUAAUAGGGUACAUUUGUAUAAAGUGUUAUAAGUGUCUAACACAUUUUUUAUCUCGUCUGUUUGUUUAAUGCUUACCAAGGCUUUCUUGCUAUUUCAUGUAAGAACCCCUGAUAUUUUUAAUUUCAAAAGGAGAAUUCUAUUUUCAUCAACUUUUUGGUUAACUUGGCAGCUAGUCUGUUGUAAUUAUUGCUAACAGAUCAGUGAUCCUGAGAAGACAGGAUCUGUUCCAUAGUCAAGUCACUCAAGGGAAAUGAAGUGGCAAUCAAAAGAAAGCCUCUUGUGGACAUCAGCAAGUUCUGGUUUAGGCUGCAAGUCCUGAUGCGUAUGGAAAGCAUAGGGAGAGAAGGAAUGCAGUUGUACACGGUCAGGAAUCUGCAUGCAGUGUGUGGAUAGAGUUUCUAAGGAAGAGAUGGCAAUUUAUGAAUGCAACUUCCCUCUAUGCUUUUAUUCUUCUGUAACAAGUAGAGAAUCAUGGAAUCAUUCAGGCUGGUAAUUGGGAAGUCACAGAAAAAUCUAGGAAUAGCUUUUUUAGGUAUGUUUUAUUAAGUGUUUAACCCAGUAGCUUGAAACUAUCCAGAUCUAGAAGUGUUGUGGUGGUGUUCCCAUGGGAACCUGGGGAAAUACUCAUUUUAACUUCCAUGUUCUUAUUAACAUGCACAUCCCAGAGAUACCAGGCUUUGGAAUUGUACUGUACCUACAGAAAAACCUAUUUUUUUUAGAAGAAAAUACCCCAUGAUCUUGGAUCUUGAUUACUGAUGAUCAUUGAUAUUGCAACAUUAAAGACUAUUUAGGGAGAGAGAAGAAGUGUGUAUAUAAUAUUUCUGUAGAAGAGUUAGUACCAAGUUCCCAGCGGAAGCAAAUGGCAGUUAAUAGGAAUUUUACGGUAAUUUGGCCAGAAAAUAUGCGUGUCUGUGAUUUACCAUUUACAAUAUACCCGUGACACAGACUGAACAUUUUAAUGAGCGUUGUUCGUGGGGAAAGUCCUGGUACAAAAGCAUGUCCUGCUUUUUGGGCGAAACGUGGUCUCUCUUGAUUUGGAGUUGCUGUCUGUAGUCCUUAGCAGGGUGGUGCCAUAACUUGGCUCUGACAGUAGCAGUGCUGCUGCUGCUUCAGUGGGGUUGACAAGGACUUCAUAAUUUGUCUCCCUCCAAUGUCCCUGCCUGGCUGGCUCUAUUUUUUCCUUAUUUAAAUGGUAGUUUUCACUUUAUAAUAUAUUUCUGCUGCCAGCGUGUUGAGAACUUUUUAAAUGUUUUUUAAGCAAAAUGAGUAGGGUUUUUUUAAAAUAUUCAUCAAGUCUGAGCCAUUAGUAAAAUAUUUCACCAAUAACUAAGCAUUUAGUAUCUUGCCCUGUGGUUCUGGUUUUGAUUUAUAUGCUUAUUAGAAGAAAAUAAAACUUCAAAUAACACCCCAAAUUUUGGGAUACCUUAAGAUUUUAUUUUUUAUUGUAAUAGAUGGUGAAUUUACUUUUCUGGGCAUGAAUGGCACUACAAUUAAUGGUCAUGUUGUUUUCUUGGCAGAGUCAAGGAGUGAGUUUGCAAUAGUAUUAAUUUUACUAAAAAGCCUUACAGAAACAAACCAGAGAGAAGUCACAGAGACAGUGAAUGGAUUCAGCCAGCCUGGGCAAAGUUAUUGUCUCUGUUAAAAAGCAGUCAUUGUUUCUAAUAGCUGUGGGUUUAAUUUGCUUCUUUGUGAGACCUGAUUAAGUAAAUCACCAAUAGUUAAGAGCAUGCCAAGCAAACAGGUUUAUCCUCUGGAUGUGAUAUCUGCUCUGGGUGAUGAGAUGCCUUGUCUUCUCUUGCUGUCUCUGGAAUCAAUUGCUGAGAUCAUGCAGGUAGUAAGACAGGCAAAGCAAGAAGUUGGUAAAUGGGGGUGGAUGGCUGCAGUGCUCAAGUAAAAAAUGGACUGUAUUGCAAGAAGAAAACGGUGGUUUUUUCCAGUUCUGUUUUUGUGACAGUGUUGGAGACAUUGCCAAGGCUCAGAGAAAAUCUUAGCAUGGCUGCCUGAGAAAAACCUUACUGUUUUUCUUAUGGGUGUGAGUCUGGGACGGUUUUACCUUUCCCUCCUCACCCAUAGCUCAAAGAUGUGGGUUAAGUCAAAGCUGCAGCCUCUCUCUGUUGUUUCCAUGUCACGUUGCUCUGUGUAUUGUGGAUGCUGAAACAAUCCUGUGGUCAAACUGUAAGAGGGAUUGUGUGGCUUGCCCCAGAAUUUAGGAAUAAUAGGAUGAGGAGGACAAGAAUGAGGCAGUGGAAAUUGUAGCAUAAAUACAAAAUGGCCACCUUCUUACAAGACACUAAUCUUUGGUUACAGCUCUGUGCUUGGCCUUUCCACUUUGCAUGCCAUUACCUCAUCUGCUGUUGGAGACACCUCAUCCUAAAACUCUCUUACCUUCUUUCCUUUCCAGGUUCAUGUGAGCCUUGGGAUGGUGUGAAGCAAAGAUGCUGUGUAGCUUCUGUGAGGACAGGGAAGCUGGUAACAAAGUAGAACUGAAAAGGAUGAGAUGUGUCUGGUCCAUUUCUCACCGAGACCCUUUCCUAACGAAAGCAGAGUUCUGGAUGCUUUAGUGUCAUUUCUCUGGGACAUGGGAUUAUUUUAGAUAUUUCAGAAUUAAGUACUUCAAAGUCAAAUCUGCAGCUGAGUGCAUGCAUUAGAAACAAAAUGCAUCAUUUCACAGAUGUCACAUUACUCUUAGUGGCUUCAGAAUAUGAUUUUACAGCUUAAAAGGAAUGGCAAGAGGUAAAUGCAUAUUUCAGUCGUUACAUUUUUAAAGUAGAUAAGCUUAUUUUAGGUAAUUAUGUAGGAAAAUGCACCAAGUGUUCUAAUGGAGAAAAGGUAAAGAGAAAGAAGACAAUUUUUCCUACCUUUUUUGUUUCUUUUAGCAGAUAAAACAAUUAGCUUAAAUACACCAUUUCAAAGCUUAAGAAGCUUUUAUGUGGAAAUGCAUGAGAGGUUGUUACUGAUGUGAAAAAACGCAUUUAUUUUUAUUUCAGCAGUUGAAAAGAUAGUCUUCUGUGAUGCCCUUCAAAAAGCAGUGUUUUGCUUUGCUUGUAUUGAAUUGCUGUAAAUCUGUAGCAUAACUUAUUUUGUGAGUGGUAUGUUCAUAGUAAAUCAUUUCCUGCAGCUGGCUGUCCUAGGGAAUCGACAAAACUAUUUCAAGUUCUGCAGGUACACAGUACCCGUUCCCAGUGUAAAUGAAACAUUGUGUACAAACACUAAAUAUAUUUAGAAAACAAGAUUAAUUCUCAGUAGCCUUUGCUAUGCAGAUUGCUCUUGCAGUAAAACAUUAUCCAAGCGGCUGCUGCUUUGCUGCGUUGCUUUGUACACAGUGUCUUCUUGCUUUAUACUCUUAAUUUGACAAAAGGCACUGGCAGGCUCUGUUGAUUUCUUGUCCAGGUGAUUCAUUUCACCCAGCUGCUGCGCACACAGAGGCAUUACUGGUUUUAAUCUCUGUAUUUACUAGUUAUGAUUUCCGAGGACCGCGCUCUGCAUCUCUGCCGGAGACUGCCCUGGCAUUGUGUGUUCACCUCAUCUGUCCCGGUCGAGACUGGCGUGUUUAUUUCCCGGUGCAAAUAAAGUGGGCUCUUAGGAGAAGACCAUAUGUCUCAUUCUGUUGCUCUGAUAAACCCCAGCAAAAGGUAGAGGGAGAACAGAGAUUCCAGUAAUCCUCCCUCCAAGUGAGAAUUGGUUGGAAACGGCAGCGAGGUGUGUGGGUACAGAGCUAACUUAAAGCGUGGGAUUAUUUCUUUUGACCUCAGUGAGAGGACUCCUGCCCUGUUGUACUAAAUUAUGUAAGUUAUUACUCACUGAAUUAAGGCCUUUUGUGUUUCAUUUUCACCUAUCAUGUUUUCGUUCUUUUUUUUUUUCUAUUUUAGUAAUGCGAACUGAUGGUUUGAAAAAUUGUAUUGCUUUUUUUACAGGAAAGAAAAAAAAGACAGUAAAAUAAGUAUUAAUGGUGUGGCACAACACUUAGAGUUGUUCCAUGUCUAAUGAAUAUGUAACAGUUCUAUUUUCUACUCAAACACACCAAAAUUGUCAGAAUGUAAUUAGUGUUAUUUUUAAAAAAUGUGUUUAUCUAGGAAGUUAAUUUCUCUGGUGAGGGCUAUUAAAGGCUAUGCAGAGUGGGUAAACCUA